GUAACGCGUAUUCCACCAGACCAUUGUUUGAAAACGUCAAGCGUAACAGCUGCUCAUGACGGCGAUCGUGUCCUGAGUCUCAAGGCGUCUUCCUCACUACAACAUUGUUUGAUUCUAGCUUUUAUAGUCGUGUCGCUAAAGUAAAAGCGUGGAUGAUUGGUUGUAGAUUUAUGUGGAAAUCCGAAGAUUUGCAAGGUUUCUUUCCAGUUAGAUCAGAAUGUCAAUCAGAUGUUCCAAGAACACGAUUCAAAUCAAGGGUUGGCAAAACUCUAAGUAGAAGAAGAUGGCACGCAGCGUUUACUAAAGAUGGUCAUUUGGAUAUGGAGAGAGUCCUUCGUCGUAUACAGCGAGGGGGGAUUCAUCCAUCAAUCAAAGGAGAGGUUUGGGAGUUUCUGUUAGGUGGUUACGAUCCAGACAGCACGUUUGAUGAAAGAACCAAGCUAAGGAACCACAGAAGGGAGCAGUACUAUGCUUGGAAAGAAGAAUGUCAGAAGAUGGUUCCUCUCAUUGGUAGUGGCAAGUUUGUAACAAUGGCUAUUGUUGCUGAAGAUGGUCAGCCAUUAGAAGAAUCAUCAGCAGAUAAUCAAGAAUGGCUUGUGAAAACCGCUGUUACAGACAAGCGUGUGCUUCAGUGGAUGCUAGUACUGAGUCAAAUAGGUCUUGAUGUUAUUAGAACGGAUCGUUAUCUCUGCUUUUAUGAGAGUGAGAGUAACCAAGCAAGACUUUGGGAUGUUCUUGCUAUAUACACAUGGCUGAAUCCUGAUAUUGGUUAUGUUCAAGGAAUGAAUGAUAUUUGUUCUCCGAUGAUAAUACUACUAGAAGAUGAAGCUGAUGCUUUCUGGUGCUUUGAGCGUGCAAUGAGAAGACUGAGAGAAAACUUCAGGACAACCGCAACGUCAAUGGGGGUCCAGACUCAGCUUGGUAUGCUCUCACAGGUUAUUAAGACAGUUGAUCCUAGACUGCACCAACAUCUAGAGGAUUUAGACGGUGGAGAGUAUCUGUUUGCUAUAAGGAUGUUGAUGGUUUUGUUCAGGAGAGAGUUCUCCUUCCUUGAUGCCUUGUACCUUUGGGAGAUGAUGUGGGCUAUGGAGUACAAUCCAAACAAUUUUUCAUCGUAUGAAAAACCAGAGAACGGAACCAAACAGGAUCCGAGGUUACUGAAACAGUAUGGUAAGUUUGAGAGGAAGUAUAUAAAGAGUGGUCAAAACGAGCAACACCACAACACGCUAGCUGUUUUCGUUGUGGCUAGUGUUCUUGAAACAAAGAACAAACGUCUACUGAAAGAGGCUAAAGGCCUAGACGACGUUGUUCAGAUAUUGGGUGGUAUUGCGGGUAAUUUGGACGCUAGAAAAGCGUGUAAAGAAGCGUUGAAGAUUCAUGAAAAGUUCCUGAGAAAGGCUAAUAAGCAGUAGACAUAUUGUUUAACCUUCAACCAUAUUUUUCCCGGUUUUGUUAAACCGAUUUCGGUAUUAAUCUUGGCCUGGAUUGGUUACCGUUGGACGCUGAUAUGUGUGGUAAAAGGUCGCGGGAGGGAUCCAUGAGAACGUUCUAGUUCUUUUGUUCUUUCAUUUUGAUAUGGUGUGCACUAAAGAAACUAUACCUCCGUGUGCCGUUUCUUAUUUAAAAGAAGAACUUCGUGACGUUUUAUAUUUUGAUGUUCUGUGGAAAAUGAUGCAAGUGUAAUCAACUAAAUAAUAUGAAAUAAUAUAUAUCAGAUAAAUGUUAACUUUCUA